AUGGACAAUGAGGUCACAGACAGAUUGGCACGAGUAGCAUCUGGAGGGGAGGAAGUACCCUUACCAUGGCCAAUCGAGAGAAGGAUCAUCGAGGUCCUAGCUGUGGGUGUCGAGGUAGGAGUUAUGGGGUCAAGCACCCCAGAUUGGGUGAACAGUAUAGUGGAGUACUUGGAUGAAGGAAAAUUACCUGAAACAAGAGAAGAGACGAAAAAGAUGAAGAAAAGGGCAGCAAGAUUCCUACUCAUCGAUGGAAUCCUUUACAAAAAAGGCUUCUCUAUCCCUUUACUGCGAUGCAUAUCUGCACAAGAAGCACAAUAUAUCUUAAUUGAGAUACACGAAGGGAUAUGUGGAAAUCAUAGUGGGGGAAGAACCUUGGCUAGGAAAGCGGUCCAGGCAGGAUAUUAUUGGCCUAAUGCUUUAAGGGAUGCACGAGAGUUCUCAAAGAGAUGUACAAAAUGCCAGACUUACGCAAUCGUACCACACGCCCCUCCGGAGGAGUUAACAUCAAUAACAGCACCAUGGCCUUUCGCCUAG